AUGGGAUUCACUCCCAGCCCUUGGGAUCCAUGGGAUUCCCUCCCCAGCAGGGCACGAUCCCCGGUUAUCAAGGACACCAGGAAACAGGAUGUGGAGUUCAGGAGGAGUUUGGAUUCCCUGGAGGUGAUCCCAGAGCUCAGGAGGAGUUUGGAUUCCCUGGAGGUGAUCCCAGAGCUCAGGAGGAGUUUGGAUUCCCUGGAGGUGAUCCCAGAGCUCAGGAGGAGUUUGGAUUCCCUGGAGGUGAUCCCAGAGCUCAGGAGGAGUUUGGAUUCCCUGGAGGUGAUCCCAGAGCUCAGGAGGAGUUUGGAUUCCCUGGAGGUGAUCCCAGAGCUCAGGAGGAGUUUGGAUUCCCUGGAGGUGAUCCCAGAGUUCAGGAGGAGUUUGGAUUCCCUGGAGGUGAUCCCAAAGCUCAGGAGGAGUUUGGAUUCCCUGGAGGUGAUCCCAGAGUUCAGGAGGAGUUUGGAUUCCCUGGAGGUGAUCCCAGUGUUCAGGAGGAGUUUGGAUUCCCUGGAGGUGAUCCCAGAGCUCAGGAGGAGUUUGGAUUCCCUGGAGGUGAUCCCAGAGCUCAGGAGGAGUUUGGAUUCCCUGGAGGUGAUCCCAGAGUUUAGGAGGAGUUUGGAUUCCCUGGAGGUGAUCCCAGAGUUCAGGAGGAGUUUGGAUUCCCUGGAGGUGAUCCCAGAGUUCAGGAGGAGUUUGGAUUCCCUGGAGGUGAUCCCAGAGUUCAGGAGGAGUUUGGAUUCCCUGGAGGUGAUCCCAGAGUUCAGGAGGAGUUUGGAUUCCCUGGAGGUGAUCCCAGAGUUCAGGAGGAGUUUGGAUUCCCUGGAGGUGAUCCCAGAGCUCAGGAGGAGUUUGGAUUCCCUGGAGGUGAUCCCAGAGCUCAGGAGGAGUUUGGAUUCCCUGGAGGUGAUCCCAGAGUUCAGGAGGAGUUUGGAUUCCCUGGAGGUGAUCCCAGAGCUCAGGAGGAGUUUGGAUUCCCUGGAGGUGAUCCCAGAGCUCAGGAGGAGUUUGGAUUCCCUGGAGGUGAUCCCAGAGUUCAGGAGGAGUUUGGAUUCCCUGGAGGUGACUCUGAGCUCGCUGAUGCCACAAGGAGGAGGAGGAGGAGGAGGAGGAAGGUCUGGAGGCCACCUGGGCCCCCCAAAGCCUGUCCCAGCAGCGCUGUCCCCUCACAGCGGGGCCGUUCCCGCCAUUUUCCCGCCCUCGCGCGGGCCGCCAGGGGGCGCUGUUGCCCCGGCUUUCCCCUCACGGAGCGGCGGGAAGCGGAGCGGCCCCGGCGGCGCGGAGAGAGCUCGGAGCCACCGGCGGCUCGGCAUGGAGGCGGAUUCUGGAACCACCCGAUGCCACACCUGCACCUGCCACGGCCCAGAUGCCGCGGGCUCUUCCGAGGCCGCCACCUCGGGCUAA